AUGGCAACGGCUUCCGUAUCAACACCAUUGAAGACCCAUCAUGGUCUCUUCUCCUCCAAGACAGCUGGUGGCCGCAUGCCCCUGACACCGUCGCCUAGGUCCAGAACGGUCAGUUUGGCGACGAACGUGUCGAACAAAUCCUCUCCCUUCACCCCACCAAAGCAAUCCUCAGAGAUCCCGCGCGUGGCUUCUCAGUCGAUUUAUGGUGGUAACCUUUCUUCACACUUCGCCAAAUCUGUAUCAAGAACAGUAUCAAGAGGGACGCACCGAGAUUCCCCCAAAUCCAACAUUGCCAAAGGCAGAAACUCUCCCCGUCACCUGGAAUUGGGGGUUUCUGAUUGGUCCUUGACCGGGACUGGUCCAGCCACUGGACAGACACCAUCAAAGAAGAGGGAAAUUCGGUCUUCAAGAACCACGAAGACAACCAUUCGACUUCCUCACAAUACUGCGGACCGCUUCAUUCCAAACCGGACUACCAGUGAAGGCCUUGCUACCGCGGGGGCCGCCAAGCCUGAUGAACACCAACGCCCCAAGUCUAGUGAAGGAUCCACAGUACUAGCUAAUGCCGCUAGUGCCUUUAAUAUCGGAAGCCGCAGCGGCGAUGACGAUAUCGCGAGCGCACUAGAGAAUCUUGGCCUCGAAGACAACGACAACACGACUUCUUACACUCGCCCAGCGCCAGAUGCUGUUGCAUACAAGUCAACCCUUGCGUCCGCCUGUGACAUUUCCUUGAACACUCGCAUUCUCUCGUUCAAGCCCCCUCCACCAGAAUCAUCUAAACCCAUUGAUCUCCGCUCCCAAUACAACCGGCCCCUCAAGCCGGCCAACGCUCAAUCCGCCCAGUUCCGACGACGAGUACAGACCGCCCCAGAGCGUGUUCUAGAUGCCCCCGGCCUUGUAGAUGACUAUUACCUUAAUCUUUUGGAUUGGAGUUCGGGUAACCAGGUUGCGAUUGGCCUCGAGCGCAAUGUCUACGUCUGGUCUGCGGAAAGUGGCUCUGUCGACUGCCUGCUCGAAACCUCACCCGACACUUAUGUAAGCAGCGUGAAAUGGAGUGGUGAUGGAGCCUACGUUGGCGUUGGCCUCGGUUCCGGUGAGGUCCAGAUUUGGGAUGUUGAAGAGGGAACCAAGUUGCGGAGCAUGUUCGGCCAUGAAACCCGUGUUGGAGUUAUGGGGUGGUCCAAGCAUAUUCUGUCCACUGGUGCAAGAAGUGGUCUCGUUUUCAACCACGACGUUCGCAUCGCCCAGCACAAGACCGCUGAGCUUGUCUCUCACACCUCUGAAGUCUGUGGUCUCGAAUGGCGCUCCGACGGUGCCCAACUGGCGACCGGUGGCAAUGAUAACCUCGUUUCCAUCUGGGACUCCCGAUCUCUCAGCGCUCCCAAGUUCACCAAGACCAACCACCGUGCUGCUGUCAAGGCUCUCAGCUGGUGCCCAUGGCAAUUGAACCUCCUCGCCAGUGGAGGAGGAUCCUACGAUCGCCACAUCCACUUCUGGAACACCACCACUGGCGCACGUACCAACAGCAUCGACACCGGCUCCCAAGUUACCAGCCUGCGGUGGAGCAACCACUACCGCGAGCUCGUCAGCUCCAGUGGAUUCCCAGAUAACUCCCUGAGCAUCUGGAGCUACCCAUCCCUUGUCCGCAAUGUUGAAAUUCCCGCACACGAAACCCGUGUGCUCCACAGCUGCCUCAGUCCUGACGGUCAGAUGCUGGCCACUGCUGCUGCCGACGAAAGUCUGAAAUUCUGGAAGAUUUUCGAGCGCAAGGCAGGCACCGUUGCUGCCGCAUCACGGGAGGGAGCUGUUGGAUCCAAAGGUAGCCAGAUGGCUAAGCAGAUGACCAUUCGGUAA